AAAGAAAAAGUAUUCGGAGCGGAAAUCCGCUUUGUAUUGUGGUUAGCUUGACAAGAGCUGCUGCGAGUAAAAGCAUCUUACUGCUGCAUCGACCUUGGCCGGCUCAGGAUGGCAGGGAAGGCCUGGAGGUCAGCGGUGUCAUGGGUGGUUGGAGCUUUGAAGAAAGAGCCUCCACAACCCAGGAUAUUCACCCGUGGGAUUCAAACGGUUACUUUAAUCCCUGGGGAUGGAAUUGGUCCGGAGAUCUCCGAUGCUGUUAUGAAGAUAUUUGAAGCAGCUAAAGCACCUAUUCAGUGGGAAGAGAGAAAUGUUACAGCCAUUCAAGGACCAGGUGGCAAGUGGAUGAUCCCUCCUGAUGCUAAAGAAUCAAUGGACCGGAACAAAAUUGGCCUGAAAGGUCCACUGAAGACGCCAAUAGCUGCUGGCCAUCCAUCUAUGAACCUGUUGCUGAGGAAAACCUUUGACCUCUAUGCCAAUGUGCGCCCCUGUGUGUCCAUUGAAGGCUACAAGACCCCCUACACUGAUGUGAACCUGGUUACUAUCAGGGAGAACACUGAAGGAGAAUACAGUGGGAUUGAACAUGUGAUUGUUGAUGGGGUUGUACAGAGUAUUAAGCUCAUUACAGAGCAAGCCAGCCAGCGCAUCGCAGAGUAUGCUUUUGAAUAUGCCAGAAAUAAUCAGAGGGCCAGUGUUACCGCUGUUCAUAAGGCCAAUAUUAUGCGAAUGUCAGAUGGGCUUUUCCUACGAAAAUGCAGAGAGGCUGCUGAAAAGCACAAGGAUGUUAAAUUCACUGAGAUGUACUUGGAUACUGUGUGCCUUAAUAUGGUACAGGAUCCCACACAGUUUGAUGUAUUAGUGAUGCCAAAUUUGUAUGGAGACAUCUUGAGCGAUCUUUGUGCUGGACUAAUUGGAGGUCUUGGAGUAACUCCUAGUGGGAACAUUGGCGCCAAUGGUGUUGCCAUAUUUGAGUCGGUUCAUGGAACCGCACCAGAUAUAGCAGGAAAGGACAUGGCCAACCCUACCGCCUUGCUGCUCAGUGCGGUCAUGAUGCUGCGGCACAUGGGCUUGCACAGCCACGGUAACAACAUUGAAACUGCCUGCUUUGACACCAUUCGAGACAAAAAGGUUCUAACAAAAGACCUGGGAGGAAACUCCAAGUGCUCAGAAUUCACUGAAGCAAUAUGUCAAAGAGUGCGGGAUAUGAACUAAAUGGAUGCUGGUGGGGCCAUGAGUUAAAUGUUAGGGUAUGGGCUUUAUUUCAUCGUAUCAUGUUGUAUCUGCACAUUUUAAACCAGAAUAUGUAUUUAAAAAAGUCUCAGGAGCUUGAGAUCCUGAAUGAUUUAUUUUUCUCUUUGCACACUCAAAAGCACGGUCUUUAAAACUCUCGACCAACAGUUAAUGUAUAUGUGAUAUGCAAUUUAUUCCUAACCUGUUUAAUCUGUGGUGGAUAUUGUCUAUUUAUUGGCUGAAUUUGGGCUCUUGUCGAAUGUAUUUGACACUGUUAUUUUAACAUUUGUUUUGAAAACACAAUCUGUCACUAUGAUCACUUGAAAAACACUUAAAAUGUUUGUCACCAAGUCAAACUCUUCAAUUACUGUAUGUUUGUGGAUAUAUUUCACAUUUAUGUGGGUCAAAUAUAGAUUGGGGCUAAACAGACUACAAUAUAAUAAGUCUUAUGUCUUUUUUUCAUGUUAUAUUGUUUUUCCUGCUACAGAUGUAAUGUAUAAAGAAAAAAUAAUAUUACAAUGACACCAAAAA